GUCGUGGCAGCUGGACCCCGGGAAGCCCGGCAGGCGCGGGCCGUACUCGUGGCUGGACACCCCGGCCAAUGCGCCCACGCCGUUGCCGAAGCGGCCCAAGGCGCCGCCGCCCCUGUGGCUGCCGGAGGACAGGGAAAAGAAGGCCGGGAAGGGCGGCGCGAGCAGCUCCAGGACCCGAGCCAUCGCUCAAGCAAGGCCCCGUUGGCCGACAGGCCCCCGUGGUACGAGAAGCACAACGUCAUGUUCUCCAUGCUGA